AGUCUAGUGCGACUCUUUUCCAAAAGCAGAUCCAACCACAGCACAGCAUGAUGGAGCCUCAGCCUCAUCAUCUCCUCAUGGAUUGGAACAAAGCUACUGAUCACAUCACACAAGAAAACCCUUUUCUCCAUGAUCCUCAUCUCAUGUUUGAUCCAUCUCCCGAAACCCUAAUUCAGUUGGAAGAAGAGGAAGAAUACGAUGAAGAGAUGGAUGCGAUGAAGGAGAUGCAGUACAUGAUCGCCGUCAUGCAGCCAGUAGACAUCGACCCUGCCACCGUCCCAAAGCCGAACCGGCGUAACGUGAGGAUAAGCGACGAUCCUCAGACCGUGGUUGCUCGUCGGCGUCGGGAAAGGAUAAGCGAGAAGAUUCGAAUUCUGAAGAGGAUCGUGCCAGGGGGUGCAAAGAUGGACACAGCCUCUAUGCUGGACGAAGCCAUCCGUUACACCAAGUUCUUGAAACGGCAGGUGAGAAUUCUUCAGCCUCACUCUCAGAUUGGAGCUCCUAUGGCUGACCCCUCGUACCUUUGUUAUUACCACAACUCCCAAAGCUGAUUUACAAACUAGCUAGCUCGCUAGACAUGUGGUGUUAUUCUCUCAAGCGUUUUCAUGUUAAUUGGUAUAUCAAUAUAUAUAUAUAUAUAUAUAUAUGCAUAAGGACUGGAUCCAAGAUUGUAUGGCUAUUAUAUUCUAUAUUAUUGUAAAUUGUGUACCAACUCUUUAUAUAUGAUAUCAUAGGCACUGAUGAAUAAUGAUGAUACUGCUUGUAUAUCUUAGUAUGGAUAAAAGGGGCUAAUUAGGGUUUUAUGGUUUUGGAUCCUCCAAACUUUAGAUAAAGAUAUAUAUAA